UAUUUUUACAAGCUAGUUCUUUUUCAUUUGAUUUAACAUCACUACCCCAGAGCACUCCCAUUCUUCGGCAGGGUGUGUGUGCGAGUCGAAAAUAAACAAAUGGUAAACUUCUGAGGCAGCGACGCAACGUCUGCGCCCUGACUGAUGAGGAUCGGGUGCGGACGUGGAAGGGGAGGAGGAGCUGGAAUCCAAGAUGCAACUGGAACCAGUGACGGGGGAUGGGGGUCCGUCAGUUGGACUAUUUAUGAUGUAUUUCUCGGUUAAUUAGUUGCAGCUGAAUGCAGCGGAAUGGGUGUGGGAAUGGAAUUGGGAUCGGGAAUGCUUCCGCAUGCAUUUGCUAGACAUCAUUCCAGUCAUCUUCGCCCGACCAGAAGACCAAAGGAAAGUGCGUGGCUCAGGGCCCUGGUAAUUUUUGCUAUAUUUGGAUAUUGCGCCGCUUGAUCGGUGAUGGAUGCCUGCGCCUUUUCAUCAUUUAUCUUCGAGUGCAGCGGGCUAAUGGAACUGCAUUACGUUCCAGGAACUGGAGCGAAACGAUGACGACGUCGAUGAUCACGAUGACGCUGCACCCGGCCAGACUGUUGGGCCAUUUUCGUGUGGAAUAAUUAAAAACGUAAAUUAAGCCCCAAAUUAAAAGCCAUCAAAUGUUACGCAAAAUUACACCUCUAAAGCGAGCACUCAGUUAUAAAAGCCGCUGACUUCCAAAUGGAUUUACCCCUGGCAUUGCGGAAAAUGUGCUCCCAACUGUUUGCAUUUCUGCUCCUCCUCCUGACCGCUUGGGUGACGGGCAGAAGUACUCCAUCGGAGUUGGAUGAAGACUGCGAAUUGAAUUCUGUAGAUACAAUGCACGAUUUCUGCUGCGACCUGCACGAUGAGAGUCCCCAGUUUAGCGAUUGCCAGAUGGAAUGGCACGAAAAGAUUCAAUACCAGACGGAUGAAGAGGAGCAGACGUACAUGUUUUGCACCGCAGAGUGCAGUUUCAACAAUACGCAGUUCCUGGGCAAGGACCGCCGUUCACUGAACCUCAAUGAGGUAAAGGAGCACUUGGAAAGCGACCUAGUCAACGAUGCGGAUAUAGAGCUCCUCUAUGGCACCUAUGUCAAGUGCGACAAGCAUGCGCUCUCACUGUUGCCGCACAAGGGAGUGAAGCAGAUAGCCAGACGCCUUGCGUACCAUGGCUGUCAUCCAUAUCCCGGGCUGGUCCUCGAGUGCGUGGCCAACGAGAUGAUCCUGCACUGUCCCACUAAGCGGUUCCGUGAAACAGCCCAGUGUGAAGAGACUCGCAAUCAUUUGAAGCAGUGUAUGCAGUAUCUAAAGUACAAAUCCUAG